CAGACAGAGGGGGCCGCGGCCGCUCCCUGCUGGCAGGAUCCUCCCCUGCGGGGCACCCCCGCCUCCCCCGGUCACUCUUUGGAGUUGCGGCCGGUUUGGUGCAGCAGGUUUGUGAAAUACAAACAAAUCAGGGAGUGGUGAAAGCCUCUCUGCAAAGCCACCUCCCCGUCCCGGCCUGUGUUCUCCCCACUCUGCGCUGACUUGGUUUCCGCCAUGGGAGCGGUCACAGGAUGCAUUUUUCCUCCUGUGCCUCACGGAUCACAGAAGGUAGAGCAGGUGAAAUUAAUAGACCGUUUCAGCACCAGCAACAAAUCGUUAAUGGGAACUUUGUACCUUACAGCAACUCAUCUGUUAUUUAUAGACUCUAGUCAGAAGGAGACUUGGAUACUACAUCAUCAUAUCGCUGCAGUGGAGAAACUUGCCUUGACUACUUCAGGUUGCCCUCUUGUGAUCCAGUGCAAGAACUUCAGGGUAGUUCACUUUAUUGUUCCCAGAGAAAGGGAUUGUCAUGACAUUUACAACUCUUUGCUGCAACUGUCAAAACCAGCAAGCUACGAUGAACUGUAUGCCUUCUCUUACAAUCCAAAACAAAAUGAGUCUAAGCGGCUGCAAGGGUGGCAGCUCAUUGACCUCACAGAAGAAUACAAGCGGAUGGGAGUGCCAAACUCUAACUGGCAGUUGUCCGAUGCUAAUCGUAAUUAUGAGAUUUGUGACUCCUAUCCCAGAGAACUUUAUGUUCCUAGAACUGCAAGCAAGCCCGUAAUCGUUGGUAGCUCCAAAUUUAGAAGCAAAGGAAGAUUCCCAGUGUUAUCGUAUUAUCACAGAGAUAAAGAGGCUGCCAUUUGCAGAUGCAGUCAGCCUCUCUCAGGUUUCAGUGCCAGGUGUCUGGAGGAUGAAAAUAUGCUGCAUGCGAUCAGUAUAGCCAACCCUGCUCAUCACUAUAUGUAUGUCAUGGACACUCGACCUAAGCUUAAUGCAAUGGCAAACAGAGCAGCAGGUAAAGGCUAUGAAAAUGAAGACAACUAUGCUAACAUUAGAUUCCAGUUUGUUGGAAUUGAAAACAUUCACGUAAUGAGAUCCAGCCUGCAGAAACUUUUAGAAGUCAGUGGUACAAAAGCUUUGUCUGUCAACAGUUUCUUGUCUGGUUUGGAGAACUCUGGCUGGCUGCGUCAUAUCAAAGCUGUAUUGGAUGCUGCUGUCUUCUUAGCCAAAGCAAUAGCAGUUGAAAAUGCAACUGUGCUAGUUCAUUGCUCUGAUGGCUGGGACAGGACUUCCCAAGUUUGUUCCCUUGGAUCUCUCUUGUUGGAUUCGCAUUAUAGAACAAUCAAAGGCUUCAUGGUUUUGAUAGAGAAGGACUGGAUCUCCUUUGGACAUAAAUUUUCUGACAGAUGUGGUCAAUUGGAUGGUGACCCAAAGGAAAUCUCUCCAGUGUUCACUCAGUUUUUAGAAGGUGUGUGGCAUCUCACAGAGCAGUUUCCACAAGCCUUUGAAUACAAUGAAGCUUUUCUCCUUCAGAUCCAUGAACACGUCCAUUCAUGCCAAUUUGGAAACUUCCUUGGAAACUGCCAAAAAGAGCGAGAAGAACUAAAAUUGAAAGAGAGAACUUAUUCCUUAUGGCCAUUCCUUCUGGAUGAACAAAAGAAGUAUAUUAAUCCUCUAUACAAUCGAGAUUUUUCUCAGAAACUUGUCCUCUUGGAGCCUAACACAGCGUCCUUCAAUUUUAAGUUUUGGAGAAAUAUGUACCAUCAGUUUGACCGAACUAUGCACCCCAGGCAAUCUGUAUUUAAUCUCAUCAUGACCAUGAGUGAACAAAAUAAACAACUGGAGAAAGACUUUAAAGAACUGGAAGCUAAAAUGAAACAAAGAAACAGGCAACCAGAAGAACUCCUCACUAAGGAACCAUUGCAGUCUGUCCAUCCUGCUUCACCAGCACUUAAAACUUCUCCGUGCUUUAAGAAGGAGCAGCCUCUGUUACCAAUGAAAGACUCCAUUCGGACUAUAGAGGGCAGCAACACAGCAGACAAUCGCUACAGUGAAUACAUGGAGGAGUUGUCAAAAGCUGAGCCUGCUGUUGUCAGCUUGGAGUAUGGAGUGGCAAGGAUGACCUGUUAGUGAAACAUUGAACAGUGCUUCUUUUUUCUAGACUGACUGAAAUACAAGACAGAUUAUUGUGAGGAUGGUCUAUUGCUGCAUGACCAAAAUCUGAUUUGUAUAGUAGUGAGCUUUGUUACUGUAGAAUAGAACAGCAUGCUAAUUGUUAACGAAAGUGUUUGUUGUUCUCUUGAGAAAUAAUUGAAUUUAGCUGUAUUUAAGGAAAAAAACAUUGGGGCAUUCAAUGAUCCUUAGCGACUUAACCAAUUAAGGAGUGGUCUGUUUGGAUUUAACAAGUCAUAGUUUGCUCUAGAGUGAGUAAAACAGUGACAUUACUUUAAGAUGUGUGCAUGGCAGCCAAACACAAAUGGCCUUUCAGAACUAAUUUUAGCCGGGCAGGAAAAACUUGACAAACAUUCUAUUUUAGAAACAAGUUAUGUGUAUAUAUAGCAUACAGUAUAAAUAUGUAUACUCCUAUUUAAUUUUGUCUUUCACUGCUAACUUUUGGUGUUUUAAGUGCCAUAAAAAAGUACAGUAUAUUUCAAACUAUAAAUAGCUGGCCUUAAAUUUGUCAAAUCAAUUGCCUUCUUGUCCUAGACUAUUGCGGGCUGUAACAUGACUCUGUUUACAUUUGUAUUUGCUUGAAUUGUUCUUGCUCCUUAAAAUGGGAUCAGAUUUAGGAAAUGUAAAAAAAAGCCUAAACAGUUAUGCUAUCAGCAAAUGAAGCUAUAAGAAUGUUAAAUCUUACGCUGAAUAUUAUUCUUAUAUUUCCUAUUCCUUUGUUGUUUAAAAUUAUCAUAGAUUGGGCAACUUUUGUCAACCUAGAGAAUUAAUGGAUUGACAGCAUAAUUGAAACUGAUUCAUGUGUACAGUUUUUAAAAUGUUGAAUUGUGGCAAGAUUUGUAACUUGGGCACCAGUGCAAAGGAUUAAAAAUUUGGAGAGGUUUUAUUAAACUAGCACAUUGCUAAUAACUGAA